AUGGCGGCCGCCUCCUCCAUGCUCACCGCCGCGUCGCUCUCCUUCUCCCCGCUCCCAGCCCCGCGCCUCCGCGCCGCCGCCUCCUUCGCUCCGCCGCGCCGCGCGGCAGCCGCACUCGUUGUGCGCGCGGCGGCCGCCUCGUCCAAGUCCCCGGCCGCGGAGGAGGCGGCCCCGAAGAAGAAGAGGGCGACGGGCAUCACCCAGCCGAAGCCCGUGUCGCCGGCGCUGCAGGCAAUCGUGGGCGAACCGGUUAUCCCCCGCACCGAGGCCCUCAAGCGCCUCUGGGCCUACAUCAAGGAGCGUAACCUCCAGGUCCCCGAGCAAAAACCCUUGCUUACUUACGCUGUAUCUGUACAUUUUGGUUGGUAUUGCUUGUUUGGAUGCAUACUGAAGAUUUUUAAUAGCAUCAAGCAGGAAUUAACGUGA